AUGACAAGAAAGGAUUGGUCAGUCAAGCUUGAUGAUGCUCUUUGGGCAUAUAGAACUGCAUUCAAAACCCCACUUGGAACAACUCCUUUUCACCUUGUCUAUGGAAAGGCUUGUCAUCUUCCUGUUGAGAUUGAGUAUAAGGCGGAAUGGGCAGUAAAGAAGCUAAACUACGAUAUCAAGACAGCAAAGGAGAGGUGCUUGAUUCAGUUGAAUGAGUUGGAUGAAAUUCGUCAUAAUGCCUAUGAGAAUUCUAGGAUCUACAAGGAAAGAACAAAAGCAUAUCAUGACAAGAAGAUAGUCCCCAAGACGUUCUCUCCCAAUGACCAGGUUCUCCUUUUCAACUCACGCCUGAAACUCUUUCCCGGUAAGCUUAGAUCGCGAUGGUCCGGACCUUUUAAGAUAAAAGAAGUGAAAUGA